UUCAGCUUCACCGUGCAGCCAGUGCGGACGGCGGCUGACGUUUUCUUAGGGUUAACAUAACAUAACAAAAGCGCCGUUGAAUCCAUAUCGAAGGGUUUAGAUUCUUAGGGUUUAUUGAGAGAGAGAGAGAUGGGGAAGACCGAAAAGACGACGUUAGGGCGAUCCCUGGUGAAGCACCACAACCAUAUGAUUCAAGAAUCCAAAGACAAAGGCAAGUACUACAAGAAUCUCCAGAAGAAGGUUCUCGAAUCCGUCACCGAGGUCAGCGACAUCGACGCCAUCAUCGAGCAGGCUGAGGAGGCAGAGCGUCUUUUCACCAUUAACCACAGCAACACCACACCUUUGCCCAUCAAUCUAGACACAAAUUCCAGCUCAAGUACUGUAGCUGCUGAAGAAUGGAGAGAGCAGCAGAAGAUAGAAGAGGCUUUACACGCCAGUAGUCUUCAAGUGCCCCGAAGACCUCCUUGGACACCCGAAAUGUCAGUGGAAGAACUUGAUGCUAAUGAAAAACAAGCUUUUCUGAGUUGGCGCCGAAUGCUUGUGAGGCUCGAGGAAAAUGAAAAGCUUGUGUUGACUCCAUUCGAGAAGAACCUCGACAUCUGGAGACAGCUUUGGCGAGUUCUUGAACGUAGUGAUUUGAUUGUUAUGGUAGUUGAUGCUAGAGAUCCAUUGUUUUACCGUUGCCCUGAUCUCGAGGCAUAUGCUCGAGAAAUCGAUGAGCAUAAGAAAAUAAUGCUUCUAGUUAACAAGGCAGAUCUUUUGCCUCCUUAUGUCAGGGAGAAAUGGGCAGAAUAUUUCCGCCUAAACAACAUUCUGUUUGUCUUCUGGUCAGCCAUAGCUGCUACAGCUGCCCUAGAAGGUAAAGUCUUGAAAGAGCCAUGGAGAAAACCGGAUAACUUUCAGAAGACAGAUGAUCCAGAAGUCGUGAUAUAUGGCAGGGACGAGCUGUUGAGCCGUUUACAAUAUGAGGCUCAAGAGAUUGUCAAAGUGAGGAAUUCUAGUGAAUCUCAACGUGAGAAUGCUGUGGUUGGUUUUGUUGGGUACCCAAAUGUGGGAAAGAGUUCUACGAUCAACGCAUUGGUGGGUCAGAAGCGAACCGGUGUCACCUCUACACCAGGAAAGACAAAGCAUUUCCAGACUUUGAUCAUCUCUGAUGAGCUUAUGCUAUGCGAUUGUCCUGGUUUAGUCUUCCCUUCGUUCUCAAGCUCGAGAUAUGAGAUGAUUGCUAGUGGUGUACUUCCGAUUGAUAGGAUGACAGAGCACCGUGAAGCUAUCCAGGUGGUGGCUGACAAAGUCCCACGCCAUGUCAUCGAGAGUGUCUACAACAUUUCUCUUCCUAAACCCAAACCUUAUGAGCGUCAGUCGCGUCCGCCUCUUGCUGCAGAGCUUUUGAGAGCUUACUGUGCUUCUCGUGGCUACGUUGCCUCUAGUGGACUACCUGAUGAAACGAAAGCAGCGAGGCUGAUUCUAAAAGAUUACAUUGGAGGUAAGCUUCCACAUUUUGCAAUGCCACCUGGAAUGAGCCUAGGUGAGGAAUCGAAGAUAGAUGAAAGUCAAGGCACCGGAGCUGUAGAAGGCUCUGAUUCCGAAGACUCUGACGUAGGAGAUGAGACGGAGAGUGAGCAAGCUCCUGGUAUUGGUGAGGUUCUAGAUGAUUUGAGCUCUUUUGAUCUUGCAAACGGGCUUGCGUCUUCAAAGAAAGUGACAGUGAAGAAGCAAACGGCUUCACAUAAACAGCACAAAAAGCCGCAGAGGAAAAAGGAUCGGAAUUGGAGGGUUCAAAACACAGAGGAUGGAGAUGGAAUGCCUUUGGUUCGAGUUUUCCAGAAACCGGCUAACACAGGGCCUCUCAUGAUGCGAUGAUCAUCAUAUUGUAAUCAUCAUCCGAGCAAAAGAUUUCCCAAAAGUUUAUGUGAUACAGAUAGUGGAUUGGCAAACCUAAGGUUCUUACGUUGUUUUUUUUUGUUUGUUAUAUCCCAACAGUUGAACAUUUCGCGGAUUUCUUUAAAACAAAAACAAUAAACAUGUCGCGGUUUUCGAGUCAA